CUCCACUACCUCUCCUCCCCUUCUCCCUUCUCCGUCACCAUGUCCAACGUAUUCUUCGACAUCACGGUCGACGGCAAGCCGUUGGGCCGCGUCACCUUCAAGCUUUUUGACGAUGUCGUCCCCAAGACUGCCAAAAACUUUCGUGAGCUCGCCACCGGCCAGCACGGCUUUGGCUACAAGGGCUCCGCAUUCCACCGCAUCAUCCCCAACUUCAUGCUCCAGGGCGGUGACUUCACUCGCGGCAACGGCACGGGUGGAAAGUCCAUCUACGGCGAGAAGUUCGAGGAUGAGAACUUCAAGCUCAAGCACACCAAGCCCGGUACUCUGUCCAUGGCAAAUGCCGGAAAGAACACCAACGGCUCUCAAUUCUUCAUUACCACGGUCGUGACCUCCUGGCUCGAUGGCGCCCACGUCGUCUUCGGUGAGGUUGUCGAGGGCUUGGACAUCGUGAAGAAGGUUGAGAGCUACGGGACGGCUUCCGGCACGCCCAAGGGGAAGAUCGUCAUCGCCGACUCCGGGAUUGUCUAAGCCUGUCGUUGCUAGGGCGGGCUGGUUUUGAUGUCGCUUGCUGGUGCGUGGCUGAGGUGUUGAAGAAGAAGAUAAUACCAUCCUGUACAUUGAAGACGUUGUACUGUUACAGUGGCUUGUGUGUCGAUAGAUACAUGAGACUCAAUAUUGCGUAUUCUUUGGUGACUAUGCA